CGCACUGCGGUAUGUCCGGCCGGGAUUGCGCACGGUUCGGUGCUGGAGGAGGUCGGGGACGCGCAGCGAGGGGGAGCCGCCGGUGUCGGAUGGGCGGAUCUAAAACACUCAACUGAACAAUUUUGGUUUCCCACUAAAGUCCAGAACAAACACAUUACACCAGCAGUGGAGAACAGAAGCAGCUGGGGACAGGAGGAGACCACUGUGCAGCAGGCUGGACCCAGAGGAAGCACUUCUCAUAUAUCAGCUUCGUUGAGGUGUGUAAAGCGCCUGUGAUUUAAAAAGGAAGCUAGCAUUGAACUAUAUCAUCUUCGGCAACUUCUACUGGUGCCCAAAACCAAGGUACUCUCUACAGCAUGGGUGGAAUGGAAUAUCAGUGAAUCAUGUGGUUUCAGGAUCAAUGUGAAUAUUUCCCAAUGACAAUCAAGUGAUGGAUGCUUCAAUACAAACAACAAAUGUACAAUAUGAAAACUUUGCAGGACUUAAUUUUGAGGAAAAAAAUCAUAAACACCUCUAAUCAAGCACAAGUAUAAAGGAAAUUUUACAUUCAUCUGAUGAGCAAGAAGAAAAAGUGUCAUGUUCAACCAAACAACCAACACAACUGCCGACAGUAAUCAUGGUGUCUCAGUCUUUGGAUUUAUCCUGAUUCCUCUCACACUUUUGGCUGCCAUAGGCAUUGCCAUUGUAGUGGUGAGGUAUGUUCGGAGGAGACGCAGGUUAGAAAACCUACGCAACAAGUUGGUGCCAAUUUAUUCGUACGACCCUUGUGAGGAUCGUAAUAAUGUGGAAGAAGAAAUAGAGAAUAAUGGAGAAAUAAAAGAUAAUAACGAACUUUCGGCUGAGAAAGCAACAAGACAGAAUGAGAACUGUGGCUCCAGUUCUGAUACAGUUAUCGGCAAUCAAGAAACAGGUGCACUGAACGAAACAGAUUGAGAAUGGACAGUGAUACACAGAUAUAUGAAGUCACCCCAUGGUAGAAUUGAACCGCUGAAAGAAGAAUUAUUUUUACAACUAUUUUUGAACUAAUUUUCAGAUCGUGGCACUGUUUUUGUUGCAAAGCUGGAUCUUUCAACAAUAUAUUUGUAAAUUGACUAGAAAUGGAAUGAAGCAAAGAAGGUUAAUUGUGUGUUUUUUUUGGUGAAUUUAUCUUUCAAUAUGUGUGCAUUCUUAUUACUUCAGGAAGAACUUUGACAGCUUGGUGAAAGUUCUUUAGGUGGAGUGGAGUGGAGUGGAGUGUCCAUGGAUAUAUCAUGAAGCCUUUUGAGUACCUUCAAUGAAUAUUUGUGCAUGAAUAUACACAUAUCUGAAACUGGUAAUGUUUUGGUAUUGUAAUUAAUGAUGAAUUCAUCAAUCCUUUUCUGUAAAAGGACAAACGGAAUAUGAUUUGUUUUUAGUUAGGGCCACAAUGCAAAAUUAUGGUUUGGAUAUUUAUUAAGGUAUAAAUUAAUUUCCUUUGCUCCCUUCAUUGAAUUGCACACAUUGCAAAUUUCAAAAUAACGUGACAAAAAUGUCUUGCUGCAUACUCCUCUACUGGGGUGCACAAUGAUAUUUAUUCUACUCCACUUUCAAUGUGAGGAUUUGAUCGUGUAUUUGUAAUGUCACUAAAUGUGCCUUUGUGGAGAGAGGAGACAUUGCAUGCCACAAGGACAUCCUUAUUGUAUGGAAAUAAAAAUAUUCAAAGGUCACAUACGCGUGGUGUAUACAGAAACUGUAUCUUAUUGAAUCAUGUUAACAUGUUUUCUUGAGCACUGAGGAAACAUUAAAUGUAAGGUGAUAGUGUGGGUGGGUUUGGUCAUUCUUGGUGGCUAUUAUUGGUUAACACAUUAAUUGUUCAGGUUGGAUCACUUAUUACCACAUCAAAUGUAAUUGAAAUCAAUAAAGAUGUUUCAGACAAGU